GUUGGAUCAUUCAGCUUAUUGCCUAAUUUUUUUUAAGGGGGGGGACAAUUGUGGUAGGCUACAGCUAGAACCUUAAACCGUGACUCUCACCAAUUUCCUAGACUUCCGUUGCCUGACGUCAUCAUUGUUUUGUGCAACAGUGCAAGGUAAAACCGAGGUUUACCUUGAGGUCUACCUGUCGCCGCAGGUGAUCUUCCGCCUCCAAGUUUUACGCUUUUUAUCUUGAAGGAAACCUUCAGUUUCAUCUUGUACGUGUCCGUGUGCAGGAGCGUGUGUCUCUGAUAAAUCAAAUGGCGCCGAAUUGACUUUGGAGACUUAACUCCUGUUCAAACAACUGCCGGGGAAGAAUAGUUUGCUUUGACUUCCGGAAUAUAUAUAUAUUUUUUUUUUUUUUGGUUGUAACGAGUGGACUACCUUUUAUGCCAUAUGCCGCCCUGGACCUCAUGAGCCAUGUCUGGUCACCACACUGGAGGUCCUAACCAUGAGAGAUGGAGCUUGUCUGGGCCAGGUGGCAACGGCCUCGGCCUGGAUCGCAGCCUCUCCCAGGGUAGCACAGGCAGCCAGGGCAGGCCCUACCAGGAGCGUUGCGUGGACCCUGUGGAGCCUCUGUCGGUACCCAGGAGGGGCACUACCCACAAGGCCAACCCCAGAGACGCCAACGGCAAGGAGGUCGAGAUCCAGGACUUUCUGCCUGUGCCAGCCGAGUCGUCGUCUUCCUCGAGGAUGUGCGAGUGCAGCCCCUGCGCUUCCGUGGCUGCGUGCCGGAUAUUUGUGUGCAACGUGCUGACCUGCGGACUGUUCCAACGUGUCCCGUGUCUGGCGCCUGCUGAGAGCCAAUCGGAGGAGGUCAAAGUGGCCCGUUCCACUCCCAGCUCUGCCAAGAAGGACGAAUCAGAGUCUGGUUACACGGACGUCUAUAUCCGCGGUGUGAAAGUGGACCCUAUUUACCUGGACGACGAGCCAGUUUUCUAUAAAGCCCCUCGACAGGAGCAACCGCGACCUUUUGGCCUUCACAAAAGCGGGAGCGUGUACCUGGACGAGUUUGGGCCGGGGGACGAGUGGAGCGACGACGGGGUCGCCGGCAGCGGCAACGUGGACUCGCUUAUCUCGCGCAAGCUCCUGGACCUUUACUCGCAGUUCCAGAUCGACGAGCUGGCCAAAUGCACAUCCGACUCGGUCUUCCUGAAGCGCACCAGCGAUAUCAGCCGCCUCAUCUCUGACAUUGUGCGCGAGCACAACCUGGAGGAGCAGGAUGCCGAGUGUCGACUCGUCCACGGCAUCAUCCGCCUGAGCACACGCAAGAGUAAGAAGAGGCCCCCCGUACGUCGCCUGGAGACGCCCGCCGACAGCGGCACCGAAACCAUGAAGGGAAGCCUCUCCCUCACCGAUAGCAACUACAAUGACCUUGACGUCCAAAUAUCUAAAGAGACACCUUCAGAUGUCCUAGCCAGACAAAUGCGCCAUAACAGCGAUCGAGCAAACUCAUCCAGCUCGCCAACGACGUUUUCGCCAGCCUACCGGGAGACGGACUCGGACUCGUCUGGCCUUCCGCUUCUCCACAGGUAUCCUCGCACAUGAACCCCAGGAAGAAUGUUCCGGAUUGUUUCCCUGGAUUUGGAAAACUGGGAAACUCUGGAAUGUUGCCUCCUCCAAGGGUAUUAGUUGAAGGAAAUAGGUCAGUAAUAGUUUGAGCCAUAGACAGUUAGAGGAAAAAAGACAUUUUAAGAGCUGUCUCUUUAUAUAUUAAGAAUUAUAGUAAUUUAUAUUUGUCCUUUGUGGUUUGUUGUUGUUUUGUUGUUGUUGGCUUUCCUUUCUGAGAUGAUUAUGGUUCAUUGCGUCGGCUAUUGUCCACUGUGUAAAAGAAUAUAUGAUUUUUUUUCUGUGUGUGUGUGAGAGAGAGAGAGGAAUGGAAGUGAGAUGUGUCUGGUGAUUGAGAAUAAAAAUGAGAUUGGAAAAAUUGAGGGAGAAACUUGAGAGAAAGAGAAACCUGAAUCCCUCCAUACCUGUCAUGCCUUUGGUUGGCCCAGGUUAUCUGUAUUGUACAAUAUCAUGUCAUUACUAGUGAGAUACUUAGAGUGUGCAGGCUCACCCUCGUCAGAUCAAAAUGUAUAUUUAGUCAUUUUAUAGAUACUAUUUUGCUUAUAGGAAAUGCAGGUAUGUUGGCAUUAUCUGUUUGUGUGUGUGUGCGUGUGUGUGUCUGGGUGGUGUGUGUGUGUGUGUGCCUAUGAACAUGUGAUCCUCUAGUGUGUCCUCUGUAGAUGUGUCAAAUUCAGGGAUUAAAUAGUGUAAAUAUACUGUGAAUCUGAGGAAGCGUGUGCUCAUCCACCCAUGAACAUGACAAAGGGUUUGUGUCCCAGUGGAAUUGUCAAGUGGAGGGUUGAAGGACAUCAUGUUAUUAUUUAGUAGAAGAAAUGUAAAAAAAUGUUGUUAUUAUUAUUGUUAAAACACAGUUUGAAUGAUUUUAACAAGUGUAUUGUUGCCUUGCUGUCUGUGGUAAGGAUUUGGUAUAAUAUAGAAGGUGCCUGGUUCUGUCCCUGUUAUUCUCUGUCUGUAGUGAAGGUGUAAAAAGUAGACACAGUCCCUCAUCAAUAUCUGUCUUUGGAAUUUUAUUCUGAAAAUAAAUAUUGAAGGAAAAUGUG